GUUGAAUUUUUGUUUUUAAAAUAUUACUUGAGACCCAUACUAUGAAAUUAGAUAUGUGAUGCUGUCAAUUGAGUAUCCAGUAGAAAUAAGUGAGUAUUAAAAACAAAAAUUCAUUCACUCAUUUGUCAAUCGUUUCGCCCCGAGUUUAAACUCUAAACUUGACUAAAUUACUGACGUUACAGCGUACUAUUUGUUAAACGUUUGCAUUUAUCCGCAUUAAAAUGCAUCGUAUUAAAUUGCAAAGUGCGGACGGAGAAAUCUUUCAAGUUAACUUUGAUAUUGCUAAAGUUUCGGGUACCAUAAUUACUAUGAUUGAAGACUUGGGGAUAGAAGAAGGCGAUGGCAACUUUAUUCCUUUGCCUACUACGAAAGGACGUAUAUUGCAAAAAAUUAUUAACUGGGCAACUUACCACAAGGACGACCCGCCAACAGAGGAUUAUGAUGGGAGUUAUGAAAAACGCACCGACGAUUUAUCAGACUGGGACAGAGAUUUUGUAAAAUUGGACCAAGGUACAUUAUUUGAACUCAUGUUAUCAGCUAAAUAUUUGGAUAUUAAGGGCCUCGUAGAACUUACCUGCAAGGCUAUUGCUAAUAUAAUCAGAAACAGAACACCCGAGCAGAUCAGAGAAGUAUUCAACAUAAAAAACGAUUUUACUGCUGCUGAGGAAGAAUGGGUGCGUAAGGAGAAUGAUUGGUGUAAAGAAAAUUAA